UCUAAAAGUAACGUUAUGUGCACCGGCAAAGAUGCAAAGCGACAAUGUUUAAAUUCCCGAAUCUUGAUGAUUUUGGAUGUAAAACAAUAAAAGAAGAACAAACUGAGGAAUUGCCAUGUGAAAAGUAUCCAAUCAUAUCCAAUGGUAGACGAUUCAAAAAAGAUUCCCGUAAAUGGCUUCACAAGUCAACGAACAAAAAUGAACCAGAUGAAGGUUUAGAAACUACAGAAAAACCAAUUGAAGCAAUCGUUAAACGAAAUGAUGUACCCGACAGCUGUAAUGGAACAAACCAUCGCAAGUCUGUGUCAUUUUUAAAGUCAUUUCUAGAGAUGGAUUAUCCAAAGGAUACGCAGACCAAACCAAUUAAAUGUUGCAUACGAAACGUAGAAGAAAAUGCUCAUGGUCCGGAGAUGUUCAGGCGUAAAAAUAAACGAAGACUGGUAUCCCCGUCAACUGGAAAACAACAUAUUGCCCGCUUCAACGAUUCGGUGGAAAAUAAACUAAGACAUUUUAUACAAAUGAGCCAUAGUUUCAGACCAGUUUCGCAAUCAGAAUAUUCGUCUUGUCAUAGUACAAAUGGUGAAAGUAACGGUGGUGUUUCUAACUUUUCAGAUGCCGAAUACACAGGCACCAAUACUAUUACUAACUUAGCAUGGAAUAGUGAGGACAACAGCAUCUGGAGGCAUGGAAAAUUCGUUUUAUCAGAUGGCUCAACUACAACACCGGCCUCUGAAAGUUUGGCUCCUCCGUGUAUUCCAAUAAAGAGAUCGAAAACGCAUGAAAUAAUUACAGAAUACAGUGACAAUAGCAGAUCAUCGUGGGAUUCUACACCAAGUGUCCAUGAUUCAUUUUCAGAAUUAGACAUUACACCAUGUGGAUCACCAUGGACUUCCCUCUCUUUAGAGGAUAGUAUAUUACUCAACUGUUCAGUAGAGUCAUCUAAAGAAACGGCCACUAGCAGUAAAAACAAGAGUAAAUAACACUUACACAAAAUAUAUAAAUGUCUUUUUAGAGUGGGUUAAGAUGAAUUGUGAUUUUUUUUAACAUAAAUGUUAUCUACUUUAAUGUUCAUUUGUUCAGGGCAUGUUAGAAUGGAAAAAUUUGAUGACAAAAA